UCGGAGAAUCGGAAACGCAACGCGUUGUGACGAAGUGACGAUGCGCAGCAAUUUGACUUUUUACGAAAUAUAGGGAUCAGGUAAUUCCCUCAUAAUAAUGAAACUAGUUUAUGUUAAAGUAAUAGCGACAGUAUCAUAAGUAAAAAUCGUUCAUAAUCUGCGUCACUGCUGUCUCUAGUUCCGUGAGUUCAAAUGAGACUACCGGCCUUUUCCCCAAUCGUUGAACUACAGUAGCCUUUGCUAUCUAACCCCAUUUCUGUCGAGCGCAAUGACACAGUCGGUGCAGUCGGAGCCUUGGAUUUACGGGGUCACAAGGUUUUUAUUCGCGUCUCUCACUCAUGUUGUAUCCACGGUGUUCACUGUGUUUGUGGCGUUGCUGUCCAGCCCGGGAUCGAGUCUGUUCUCCUGGCAUCCCUUUCUCAUGACACUGGCGUUUUCCUUCUUCAUGACUGAAGCCGUGCUGCUCUUCUCUCCACACUCUUCUCCUGUCCGGAAACUUUCCCAUAAGACCAAAGGCCGUCUCCAUUGGGUACUGCAAUGCCUGUGCGUCACCUGUGCCUGCCUGGGCCUAGGUGCCAUCUCCUACAAUAAACACUUGAAUGGCAAACCCCACUUCACGUCGUGGCAUGGACUCCUGGGCCUUGUAACCAUAGUGAUUGUGGGACUCCAGUCCCUUGCCGCCCUACCUUUGAUCUACAUCAAAUUGGCCAAGGGCUGGUCGUUGGCGAAGCUGAAGCGCUACCAUGCGGUGACAGGCCUCCUGACGUACCUGCUCGGAAGUGGCAGUCUUCUCUUAGGUCUCUGGUCAGCAUGGUUUACAGGCACGGUGAAUGGACAUGCCUGGUACCUGGCAGUGCUCUGUCCCUCUUUGAGUGCACUAGUGAUCAUGAGCCAGGUCACUAAUGCUUAUCUGGCCAGGAAACAGAUGAAGUCCUGACUGAAAGGAUGACCUGUUGGUCAGCUGCAGUAUUACUUUUGAAAAGGGAAUUAUAUCGUUUGGUCUUCACAAGAGCAAGGGCUUUUUUCAACUAAGGUAUUCAGUCAUUUUUGCUCAUUUUGACAAGAGAUUUCUUCUGUGUAAUUUUUUCCUUUUUACAUUCCACAACUUUACAUUCCACAGAUGAGGCAAACCUGUUUUGAGCAUGCAUAAAAUCAU